AUGUGUCUCACCACGCCCACUCUCACGCCCGACCUCACGCUCACCCCGUGCAUCAUCUUCCACACUAUCUUCAACUUCUUCACCAGCAUGUGUGAAUACCACUACACUACGUUCAAAUGUACUCACACGAUCCAAGAGUCCACAACCCUCUGCGCGGCCAAGAUCCCCGGAGCCUGGACUUUUGCUUCGCCGGCGUGUAAAGAUGGGACGCAUACGAGAGAGAGUGAUAGCCCGUGUCCUGCGUGUGAUAGAGAGGAGAUGGAGAAGAAGAAGAGGGAUGCGGGGGUGUAUUAUUCGUUCCCGGAGUUCAGAGGGAGUAGAAGAUGGUAG